AUGACUGGAGGCAAGUCUGGCGGCAAAGCUAGCGGCAGCAAGAACGCGCAGUCGCGUUCAUCCAAGGCAGGUCUUGCGUUCCCUGUCGGCCGUGUCCACCGUCUCCUUCGCAAAGGAAACUACGCCCAACGCGUUGGUGCAGGUGCGCCUGUGUAUCUUGCAGCUGUCCUGGAGUACCUUGCUGCCGAAAUUCUUGAGCUGGCUGGAAAUGCCGCCCGUGACAACAAGAAGACGCGUAUCAUUCCUCGUCACCUGCAGCUUGCGAUCCGUAACGAUGAAGAACUGAACAAGCUCCUGGGUCACGUCACCAUCGCUCAGGGUGGUGUUCUUCCUAACAUUCACCAGAAUCUCCUUCCUAAGAAGACUCCCAAGAGCGGGAAGAACCCGAGUCAGGAAUUGUAA